AUGAAGAUCUUGAUUAUUGAUGGUGCAAAGGAAUUCAUUUCUUCCAAGGGCAAGCUUAAUGAAGCUCUUGUUGAGUACGCAGUAAAAUCUCUCAAAGAAAAGGGACAUGAAGUUCAAGUUACAAAAGCAGAUUCAAAUUACAACUGCGAAGAAGAAGUAAAGAAGAUUGUAUGGGCAGAUGUUCUCCUUUAG